GCAAAUCGGAAUGCUCUAGAGUCUUUCUCAGAUCGGACCAUGUUGUCAAGGAUUCGCAGCCUGUUAGCCUGUUUCAUUUUGAUGACUGCAUUCACGAGCCUUAUUUUUACAAUCAAAGUGGAACGACAGCGACAUUCUGAUCUGGCGUCGAUUCAGGCGCCGAGGCAAGAAGCGAGACAUUCUGUAGGAUCACCGUCGUCGAGGGAGAAGCGAAAGUCCCACGAGACCCCAGGGAAAAAUACAAACACGGCCUAUUCGCAGCGAUCAAGAAAAACACGCGAGUCACCACGGCAAGCACACGAUCGGACCAGACCAGGAUUUGUUCCUCCAUUUCGAGAGCAACAGAAUACCAAGAACCUUGAUCGUCCAGCAUUUCACGAUUUGCUUGGGCCCAACCGCACCAUUGUUGGAGACGUCCAGUUUUUGCUUGAUUUUGCGGUUAUCGGUUUUGGAAAAUGCGGUACCACCACCAUGAUGAACUGGCUAGCGGAUCAUUCCGAGGUCCAGUGUUUUAGACAAGAAAUCUGGGAGCUAAUGUACGGUAACGUGGACACUUUGAUUUCGCUACUUUAUUUUGAUUUGCUUCCCGGUUCGGAGUACAAGCGGGGGUACAAGAAUCCGGGCGAAAUAACGCAACCUCACAUCUUGGCUUCCUUUCGGAGAUAUUGGCCACGAACGAAGCUGCUUAUUGGUGUACGGCAUCCCGUGAAGUGGUUCGAGAGUCUCUACAACUUUCGUGUACAGAACUUGCACCAACAAGGUGACGAGAUGCCCCAUCCCAACAGACUCAUUGGUCGGUGCUCCGUGGGUACGAAAAACACAUGCACGGACAAGGGCAACUUUGCCUACAGUUUACUCCGGCUAGGGAAGACGAACAAAAGUGGGCCCCGGAUGGCGACACGUCUAGAAGACGGCAUUGUGGGCCACUAUCGCCGACAAUGGUACAAUGUUUCGCAAGUUCCGUACAUGCCGAAUCCGGUGUUUUUAUUUGAAGUCUCCCAGUUGGCGGACACGAACGUUACACGAGCAAGCGAAUUUCGACGAGACGUGCAAGACUUUUUGGGAUUACGGCAGCCCCUACCGGAUGUCCCCCACGACCGACCGGGCAAGAACGUCGAGAACGUCACGGAGCAGGCUUACAAGGAUGCGCGAAAGAUCGACAUUUGCAAUGACGAAUUCAAACCGGUGCGUCGCGAUUUGAUGCGGGUGGCCCAUUCGAAUUCCGAAUGGCUGCGGACUGUCUUUCUAAAGCACGAAUUGGACGUGUCUUUCUCAUCCCCCGCGUACUUACACGAGAUUUUGGAGUCGUGGAGUCGCGACCCCUGUCGAAUCGACGCCGAACUCAUUGUGCCGGAAGGAGUAUUAUCUCUACGCAAUCACGCAUAAAAAGUUGAAACGGUGCCGAUAUGUACUCGACUCGCGAGACAAUACGUUUGUAAUACGCAUGACCUGUGUGACUUGGACGGCAACCUCCUACUAGUGACAUGAGAAGGAGAUCUCACUGUCAGACGAUCCAACCCCAAGUGACGGUCCCUUUCAGUGUAGAAU